GGCGGAAGGUUCGUGUUUUCCACACUGACACACGUGGAUCUGUUAGCAGUCUGCAGUGGUCAACAAUUAUUACACAGAAGGCUUUCUAUCAGCUGACAAGUCUACGAGCGGACUACUCAAGCAACUGCUAAGGUCAUGACUGUGGUGCGGUUCUACAGGAGAGAGGAGUCAGGGGACAGUCGACUCAUACGAAGAAUUGCACAACUCUAUCCUGAGGUCACCAUAACCACUGAGCUUUGCUACAAUGUAGAGCUUGAUGGACAUGAGUCUUUAAGUGUGGAGCAGAAAAAUGUUUUGCGCUGGUUGUUCAGCCCCCCUUAUUCUGUCGGUCUGUCAGAGGACCCCAUUGUCAAAUUAGUGGAGGUUGCGAGACUGGUGGAGAUUGGACCCAGGUUGAAUUUCUCUACCGCAUGGUCCACCAAUGCUGUGUCCAUCUGCCGGAGUGCAGGCCUGAGCCAGGUGACCAGAGUGGAGCUCUCACGCAGGCAUCUCAUUCAGCCCAAGCAAGGACAUAAUGGUGUAAAGAAGGACGGAGAGAUGGAGAGACUGGUUUCCUGCCUGUACGACAGCAUGACAGAGUGUGUUUACUCCCAACCAAUCACGUCGUUCGCUGUUGAUAUUCAGCCACAGGAAGUGUUUGAGGUGGACAUUCUAGGAAAAGGUCGUGCUGCCUUGGAGAUGGCCAAUGAUGAACUUGGGUUGGCAUUUGACUCUUGGGAUCUGGACUACUACACUGCACUCUUCCAGAGGGUGAAGAGGAAUCCCACUAGUGUCGAAUGCUUUGAUCUGGCCCAGUCCAACAGUGAGCACAGUCGCCAUUGGUUUUUCCGAGGGCGAAUGAUCAUUGAUGGAGAAGAGCAGAAGGAGAAUCUCUUCAGCCUAAUUAUGGGCACUCAGCACCAUAGCAACCAGAACAAUGUCAUCAAAUUCUGUGACAACAGCAGUGGUAUUAAAGGCAUUGAGCUGAUGUGUAUGUUCCCCACAAACCCUGCGCAAGCCAGUCAAUAUGAAAGCCGACGGACAACCAGACAUGUCAUUUUCACCGCUGAGACACACAACUUUCCCACUGGUGUUGCUCCAUUCAGCGGCGCCACAACAGGUACUGGCGGGCGAAUUAGAGAUGUGCAGAGUGCCGGUAAGGGUGGUCAUGUGAUCGCAGGGACUGCCGGGUACUGCUUUGGUAACCUACACAUCCCAGGAUUUCUGCUCCCCUGGGAGGAAGAAGGGUGGGAGUACCCAUCCAGCUUUGCUUCUUCACUCCAGGUGGCCAUAGAGGCCAGCGAUGGAGCUUCUGAUUACGGGAAUAAAUUUGGGGAGCCAGUCCUAGCAGGCUUUGCACGUUCCUUUGGAAUGCGAUUGGCUAAUGGUGAACGACGGGAGUGGAUUAAGCCAAUCAUGUUUAGUGGUGGGUUGGGCUCUAUCGAAGACCAGCAUGUGAAAAAAGAGCAAGCAGAGCAAGGUAUGGAGGUGGUGAAAAUUGGAGGCCCAGUUUACAGGAUUGGUGUUGGUGGAGGAGCAGCCUCCUCCAUACAGGUACAAGGUGAUAACUCCAGUAGCAGAGAUCUAGGAGCAGUUCAGAGAGGAGAUGCUGAAAUGGAGCAGAAGAUGAAUCGGGCUCUCAGGGCCUGCCUGGAGAAAGUGGAAGGAAACCCCAUAUGCAGCAUCCAUGACCAGGGUGCUGGGGGCAAUGGUAACGUGCUAAAGGAGCUGAGUGAGCCUGCAGGUGCAGUUAUCUACACCAGCAGGUUUAAGACAGGUGACCCCACCCUUAGUGUUUUGGAGCUGUGGGGGGCGGAGUAUCAGGAGAGUAAUGCUUUGUUGCUCCGCCCCUCUGACCGGAGCUUCCUAGAGAAGGUGUGUCAGAGGGAGAAAUGCCCUGUCGACUUUGUGGGCAAAAUCACUGGUGAUGGUAAGAUUGUGCUGGUGGAUGACCAAGAUAAACAGGCCAAUGGGCUUGAUGGUGGGCGGAGACCUGUGGAUCUGGAGCUGGAUUGGGUGUUGGGGAAGAUGCCACAAAAGGAGUUUGUGCUGGAACGCAUGGCUGUCUCUCUUCAGCCACUCUCUCUCCCUGCGGGUCUAUCUGUGCUUCCAGCUUUGGAGAGAGUUCUCCGGCUGCCUGCAGUUGCCAGCAAACGCUACCUUACUAAUAAGGUUGAUCGAUCUGUGACCGGUCUGGUUGCUCAGCAACAGUGUGUGGGUCCUCUUCACACACCGCUGGCAGAUGUAGCUGUUGUUGCCCUCUCCCCGUUCAGCCUCCAGGGUGCAGCCACAGCAAUAGGCGAGCAGCCAAUCAAAGGCCUGGUGUCAGCUGCUGCUGGGGCUCGCAUGGCUGUGGGAGAAGCCCUCACUAACUUGAUGUUUGCAAGAGUGACUGCUCUCAAGGAUGUGAAGUGCAGUGGUAACUGGAUGUGGGCUGCUAAGCUCCCAGGAGAGGGGGCGUGCCUGUGGGAGGCAUGUCAGGCAAUGUGUGAGGUCAUGGGCCAGUUGGGUGUGGCCGUGGAUGGGGGAAAGGAUUCUCUUAGCAUGGCUGCACGUGUCAGCGGAGAAACUGUUAAAGCUCCAGGCUCUCUGGUUAUCUCUGUGUAUGCUGUGUGUCCUGACAUCACAGCCACCGUGACCCCUGAUUUGGACAACCCUGAUGGCAGAGGUGUGCUUCUGUAUGUACCUGUGAGCUCAGGUAAAUACAGACUGGGUGGCUCUGCGAUAGCUCAGUGUUAUGGGCAACUUGGAGACUGCAGUCCAGAUCUGGAUCAGCCAGACAAGCUCUCUGCCUGUUUCAACACUACACAGGCACUGAUUCAGGAACGACUGCUGACUGCCGGACAUGAUGUCAGUGAUGGAGGGCUUAUUUCCUGUCUGCUGGAGAUGGCCUUUGCAGGCAAUCAUGGGAUUGAGGUAGACUUGCCUUUAGUAGGCGUUGAAGUGAUGGAAGCUCUGUUUUCAGAGGAGCUUGGCCUGGUUUUAGAAGUGUGUGAGAGUAAUGCAGUGAAUGUCUGUCAGAGGUACACAGAUGCUGGUCUCGUCUGUCACAGGAUUGGCACAACCUCUAGUUUUGGACCUGAAGCUAGGGUCAGAGUGAGUUUGUGUGGACAAGAAGUGCUGAAUGAGCGUCUACCCACACUUCGGGCGAUAUGGGAAAGCACAAGCUUCCAGCUGGAGCGACUGCAGGCCAAUCCGUUCUGUGUCCAACAAGAGGAAGAAGGGCUUACUUCUCGCACACAGCCUUACCUCAAACUUACCUUUGACCCUUCCCAAACACCAGUCGUUAAGGAACUUGCUUCAGGAAAACCUCGUGUUGCGGUAGUGAGAGAGGAAGGCAGCAAUGGAGACAGAGAGAUGUCUGCUUCUCUCUUCAUGGCUGGAUUUGAGGUGUGGGAUGUCACAAUGCAGGACCUGUGUUCAGGCCCCACGACCCUUGACCCCUUUCGAGCUGUGGUGUUUGUAGGUGGAUUCAGCUAUGCAGAUGUGCUGGGGUCAGCUAAAGGGUGGGCUGCCACGGUGACCUUUAACCCCAGGGCUCGAGAGGAGUUUGAGCGUUUCCGUAAUCGUGGUGACACGCUGAGUCUGGGAGUGUGUAACGGAUGCCAGCUCCUUGCUUUGCUGGGCUGGGUGGGGGGAGGAGAGGAUGGAGGUUCUGAUGUUACUCUGACCCAUAAUAAGUCGGGUCGGUUUGAGUCGAGGUUUGUGAGCGUAAGCAUCCUGCCCUCACCAGCCAUCAUGCUCAGGGGAAUGGAGGGUUCUGCUCUGGGUGUUUGGGUUGCUCAUGGAGAAGGUCUGAUGCAGUUCCGUUCUCCUAAAGCUCAGCAGAAACUGAUCAGCGCCUCUUUGGCUCCUCUGCGUUAUGUGGAUGACUCGGGAGCCCCUACUGAAAUCUAUCCCAUGAACCCCAACGGUUCUACACAAGGUGUGGCAGGCAUCUGCUCAGCAGAUGGGCGGCACCUGGCCAUGAUGCCCCAUCCGGAGCGGGCCGUGCUGGGCUGGCAAUGGGCUUGGGCACCUCACCACCUCAGGGGAUCACUGGAGCCCUCACCAUGGCUUAGUAUGUUCCGUAAUGCCGCAGCGUGGUGUCAGAGUUCAUAGAAAGUGGUAGGCGGAGACACUGAAUGCUAUUUGUACGUUCAUAAUGUAAUUUGAAUUAACUAUAGAAACACUAUUUUGUGAAAGGACUAACCAAAUAGCCAAACUUGCCAUCUCAUUAAAAAAACUUAACUUGGAGAAUAGUGAAAGUACUCUGGAUCUUCUUGGACUGGCAAGUGGAGAUCUAACACUCAUCUUUAUUUUUGUUUUAUACAGUCCUUGUUGUUAUGUAUGUAGUAGAAUUUAAUUAACAUAUUUCCUGCUGGAAAAAUCCACACAAAAAUAAAUCCUAAAUUUAUAAUGGGCUUCUUAAGUUUCACUAUGGAAUUUUAAUUUGCCAAUUUAAAAUAUCAUGAUUUUUUUGUAGCUCUGUUUCUCUACUCCAAAUUUACAUUCCAGAAAUUAUGAACAUUCCAUGGAAAUGGUUUACUGAUAAAACACUACAAUGCAUUUAAUAAACAAAUGAAAUAUU